AUCCUACAGCAGCAAAGCAGCCCCAGACUAUCACAUGGCCACCACGUUUCACAUUAGGUGCUGAUCAAGUGUUAGCAAAGAUUAAGCAAAUUGGCCAUGAUGCUGCAUGUCCUAAAAUAGCCUUCCAACACGGCUGAGAGGCUUUGAUCGGCCGUGAGAGAAGCAAAGGAGGCAGGCUUUUAGUUGUUUUUGCCGGUAUAAAACAAGGAGAAAUGCACAUUUUAUGCCACCUCACGACAGUAUGAGCAACACACCUGUCCUGGACCCUCCGGCCCAGGAGAUGUCCUCUAGCAGCGGGCAGAUGUUGUCUUCUCGGCCUGCGCAGGCCAUCUCUGAACCCUCAGCUUCUAAACGGGUCUGCUUCUACAAAAGCGGUGACUAUCAGUUCAGUGGGCAUCGUAUGACAGUCACUGCCCGCACCUUCAAGACAUUCGAUGCCCUGCUGGACGCUCUGUCCAAAAAAGUGCCUCUGCCGUUUGGAGUGCGAACCAUAACCACUCCUCGAGGAACUCACUUUGUCAAAGCUUUGGAAGACUUACAGGACGGGGGAGCUUACGUGUGCUCGGAUCAGAAACGAGUGAAGCCACUAAACCUGGGAGAGGUGAACCGCAGGCAGGUGCCUUGGAACGCCACGAGGCCGCCCAGCGCAGGGCGGCGUAAGAAGCAGGAGGUCAGGCGCCGCCAGUUUGGCAGAGGGACUGAUGCAAGCAACAGGCCAGCGAAGGUUACCGAGAGAGUGGCAGUACGGACGCCCAAGAAGCUUAUAGUUAUCAAAAACAGGGAUCCUGCGGUUAGACGAACCAUUGUGCUGCAGAGAAGAACAGCACCAACGUUUGAUGCUUUGCUGGAUUACCUGUCUCAGAUCCUCCAGUUUCCAGUGGUGAAGCUCUUCUCCACAGAAGGGAGACGGGUUGAUGGUCUUGCUGCCCUUAUCCUCUGCUCUGGAGUCGUUGUGGCAGCCGGCAAUGAGCCGUUCAGAUUAGGAAACCAGCGUUUUCACAGAACCGGCCAGGCAGCCCAGGUCAUGUAUGUGGAACAUGUAGAACCAUCAUCAUUACAACCUAGAAUGCAGAAAGACGCGUCCCUAUCCAGCGGAAGAGUCUCAAGAAACUUCUCCCUCUCAUCAGAGCGAUUCAUCGUAAACCAGAUAAACAAGUCUCAGAAUGGAAGCUUGAACAGCGACCUGCACCGUCCCAACGGACCGUCUGCAACAGAAGCUCAUCAGCAUCACGCAGCCAUGGAGACGUGUGGACCUGAGAGGGGAGAUGAUGAGCACAGCGACUACAUCAUCCCUCAUGACGACGACAUUGAAAAGUCUUUCCGCGUAAAUCAGGACGGCAGUAUGACGGUGGAGAUGAGAGUUCGUCUGACAAUCAAGGAGGAGGAGAUGCUUCACUGGACGACCACGCUCAGCCGCUCCGGCCUUAGCAAGAAGACAGUAUGUGCCUCCCCUUCUGGGUCAGCCAGCAGCUCACCUGACUCAAACAAUGCUGUCGCCAAUGACUCCUCAGCCAUUCAAGAGGAUGAAAGAAAAGAAGAGAACUAUCGCGGCGGACCUGCAAAAGGAGUUGCCUUUAAUGACGAGCACAUCUAUAACGGCUACAGCUCGACAACUCUGGGUAGAGCGAAAACACGAUCUAAGCGUGUCUCUACACCAGGGCCACAGCAUGUGAACGAGAGGGCUUCUGUAGAAAGUGUGAAAAUGGUGACAGAGACAGGGGUUCAACAGAGCACCAUGGGACAUUAUUCAUACAUGGAGAGGACUGCUGACGGCGAGACCACUGAGGGAUAUUGCGUUGUCAGGCACAGCAGUAGCAGCAGCAGCAACAAACCGGCCCCUAAAGCUCAUAGGACGGCAUUGUCAGGAGUGAGCAGCAAAUGCUCCUCUGUCAGAUCAUCAGGGGUCGCUGAAGUCCUUCACGUACAGGAUGGUGGAAUGGAGGUCACGGAGACCGUGAUGCAUAUUUACGAGGGUCAGGGUUGCUACGACAACUAUGUUGCGAAUGAGGAGUUCAGUGCAGACGGCGCUUCGUUGCAUGGCUCCCCUCCGGCGGCAGAAAGCAAACGGUCCACUGCCUCAGGGCCGCAGUCGUCCAGCGACGAUUGUGAUAUAGAUUGUAACUGGCAUCCGUCCACUGCUGACUCACUACAGAGGCAGAAAGAGGAGAUGCUAUCCCUAUCAUCAGAGCCAGGGUCUCUAACACAUCAGGCAACAAACAAUCUGUCUUUGGUAACUGAGAACGAGGCUGUCUGCUCACAAACGGUUGAAACAGUAAAUAAAGAUAAUGCUGCCAAAAGCACUAAGAAGAAAACGAUUGCUCGGCCACACCGGAAUGAGAAGAGUUCAGCUUCAACAAACAGCUUAGAUAAAAAACAUCAAGAAAGCACAAAAGGCUCCUCAAAACAUAGUAAAUACUCCUCAACUGACAAGCUGAGCAGCAACGCUAGUGUUGGAAAAAAGAGCGGGGAUUCACUAGAGAGAUCUAAAAGUGGGCUAAAGAAUAAAGGAGUAGAAAAGUCUAAUUCUAAAAAGUUAAUCAGAGAUGAACAAAUUUCCAAAAAGGAUUCAGCCUCAUUACUUAACCCUAGAAAUACUCAUAUAAACCCACAACAGAAAAAAACCCAAAACAAAACAUCAGCAAAACAGGAUGGCCAUAAUAUUAACACUCCAACUGGAAGGCCCCAGAUGAGGAAGAACAUGUCAGACAUUUUACAAACCAAAAAAACACUUUCACCGGGCAAAAAGACAAUCAGUCGACCAAAGUCCAUGAUCGAAUGUGGACUAUCACCAACCAAACCAUCUUUAGAGCUGAGUGAGAGUGGAUCAUUACCUUCCUUAAAUCCCUCUCCUACGGAAAUUCACCAGUAUGUCGAGAACUGGUUGGAAAACGUCCGCCCAGAGUCUGUGCCGUACGUAGAGGAGGUGCUCACAGAUGGAGCAGAAACUCGGGCAAAGGUUGUAUUUAAGAUAGGCGACGACUCGGAAUCAGAUGAAAUAAAUCAAUGCCAGACUGGUUUAAACGAUGCCAUGAAGAAAUCCUCGUCCUGUUUAUCCGUUCCUCUUUGCCACGAGGGGCCGGCAUCAGGCGUACACCAUGGUGAGCAGAGAGCCCGAGGUCUUUGUGUUUCAAUGCCAAGUGUCAGGGCUGACCCAGAAAACAACGAGAAUAAUCUCAGGUUACACAAAUCUGUUGAAGACGUCGGUCCAAAUGACAGUGAAAUGUCGUUGACUAACUUGCUGAGCCCAAAGGCAAAGCUAAGGCCGGUCCUUCGGCAAGUUUGUUCAUCCGUUCAGUGCUUGAGAAGAGCAUCUGGCGGCAGCACCACCCCCACUCUUCAAAAUUCAAGCAGCGUUCCUAAUUUCUCAACACAAGUCGCCUCGGUGUUCGGCUCGUCGUGUAAAGCCUUCGUCUCAUUCUUGUCCGUGAUGACGCUGAGAGACAACGUAACAGGCUCCCAACUAGAGGAAGGGAACCAAUCGAGAACCCCUUCAGAGGCCAUGUUAAUGAUGGAAUCCCUCCAGAAGAUUUCUGCUAUAGAAGACGAAGAAGAGCAGAGGGCGAGUCUUACCGACUUGCAAAGCAGAGCGUCUUCCCAGCUAAGAGAACGCUGGAAGGAUUUCCAGACUCUGAGGGAGAGGCUUGAAAGCGAGCCGCUCUCCCCCAGAGUUUCGGAGACCGAGUUUGCGUUGGAUGUUGUCUCUGAAGGGGGUGACACAUUUGACGAACAGCAAAUGGUUCUUGACGAGCUCAUGGAAGAGCUGAACAUGCCACAAGACCUCCGAGAGGAGAUCGUUUCCACAAUCCAACAAACUAAAAGUUUCUAUCCGGCGGAGGAGAGCACUUUUGCUGAGGACGUUAAAAACCAGUCAGAGUCAGAGGAAGACGUAGAACGAUUUGCCGGUGAGUGUGAAGAGGAAACAAAAGAUUCCCCAGAGUCUAGAAGUACGACCGGGAACUUAACUGAGAAGAAGCAAAUACAUUACAACGAAGUGAAUGGGGAGGUAGCCACAGAAGUAAAGGAAAUGUCAAUAGAUAAGGGACAACUGGUACUCUCAGAAAGAGUUGAGGCAUUAAAAGAUGAAGACCACGAGGAAGAAAAGAUGAAUAAUUUAGCAAAUACAGAAGACUUAGAUGCUGACGAAGAGGAUGCCAGGGAAGAAUUGGAAAGAGAAGGUGAGAUAGAGGAGGAGGUGAACACAGAGAUGCAGAGGGACUCAGAUGAAGAGAAGGCAAGUGAAAGGGAAUCAUGCAAAAAAGUAGAUGAAGAGAUGACAGGGGAUGAAGAGGGUACAGAGCCAGCUUUUGAGGAGGAGGAUAAAGGUUUUGUAGACGAGGAAACAGGAAGCGGUGAUAGUGUUGAAGAUACAGAUGAUCGGGAGGGGGCAGGAGAGACGGAGGAAGAAAAAAACCUUCAGGAUGGGGAGGCUGAAGUGCAAGAUGAUGAUGAAGCAGAAACUAUAAUUAAUGAGGAGGACGUAGAGGAAGUGGUGGUGCAAGAAGAGGAGAAGAAAGAGGAGGAGGAGCAGGAAGAGGAGAAGAAAGAGAAGGAGGAACAGGAGGAGGAGGAGGAUGAAUGUAAAGGCUUUCUCUCCGAGGAUACAGAGAAGGAAGUGGAAGUGGAAACUGAGGUAAAAAGGGAAGCUAUUGAGAUACCUGAGGAAGAAAACAUAGAAGAUGAUAAUAUGCCUAAUUCACCUACUUGUGCACUUAAAGGCCAAGGUAAUGUAGAAGGAAGUGACCAAAUUGAGAAUUAUGUUGAGGAAAAAGAGGAGGAUGAGAUAGAGCAGUUAACAGAUGGGCUUAGUGAAGGAAACAGGGAGGAGGAGACGGAGAACGAGGAAGAAGAUGAGAGCGAACAUGAAGAAGAAAAGGACAGCGAGGAGGAAACAGCUGGAGAAAAGGAUGAUGAGGCUGAAGAUGAGGGAAUGACACUAGAGAAUAAUGAAACCGAACUGCUGGAAGAAAGGGCAGAGGAGGAGGACCUUGUGGAUGAGUUGGACAUUGAUAAUGACAAUGAUACAACGACAGGGCAAACUGUAGAUGAAGAAGAGAGGAAUGGUUGUGGAGAAAGCAGGUCAGAUCAGAAAUCAGAGCAGGAUGAGGCAGAGGAAGGGGCUCUGUCUGACGAUGAAGACAAUUUCCCCGUCAGUCAGGACUGUGAAACGACGUUAGAAGAAGCUUCUUGUCAGCAGCAGCACAGUAACAGCUGUGAAGCAGCUUCAGAAACUGUAUCGAAAUAUUCAUCUGAAGGCCAGUGUGAGGACAAAUGUACAGACACUAUUCACGAGACAGAUGAGGGAGGAGAAGAGGACAGAAGAAACAGCUUAACCCAUCCUGUUGAAAUUUCUCAGGAGCUGCUUGACUUUGUGAACGAUGCCCUCCAGUCUUAUUCCCUUAUAUUUACGUAUGACACUCAGGGAAAUAUCAAGAUUGUGCCUGAUAACGCUAGAGUCGUACAAACUAAGCAAAGUUUGAUACCAAAACCCGCAAAGGAUAGUUCUUAUGGUCUAAAAUGCCUCCCGAGCCCCAUCACGUCCGAUUUAUCCGAUUAUAGACCAGAAACAUCAGGCAGUGGAGGGUAUAACACCCAGGAGUCUGUCGAUAUUGUCUCAGAAAGUGCAGAAGAGCCUUUAGAGAAAGCAAAUAGCGUUGAGGGAAGAGUCUCACAACAAAGGUGCUCAAAGUUGUCUGUUGCAAGUUGCUCAUUAAAAAGUGGAAACAGUCCUUCCAGUGAAGAGGGCACCAAAGCUUCAAGGGAGGACCUCUCUUAUUUCAGUGCCGCAAGCUCAUCAAAAGCCGAAACCGAAGGUGAAACACCUUUAACUUUUGAUAAGGACUCUGGUGAUGGGGUCUUGAUUGAUCAAGGGAGAUGGCUGCUAAAGGAGAACCAUCUCAUAAGAAAAUCCCCCCCUGUGUCUCUGGGAAUGUACGGUAACCUGGACAGCACCUCCAUGGACACAGGCCAGGAAAACACCAGCGUCGAUUCCCUGUGUCACGCUAACACCCCGCACAGACCCCUCGCAGACAUAUCCUCCUCAGAGCUCGAGGAGAUGGCGAAGCCCCCGACUCCAAAGUGCACCUACUACAACAUGCCACACGGGAGCGACUCGGACCCCUUCUUGGACGAUGCCAGCGUCAGGAGUGGGAGACACGACGCAAGCAGCAUAAAAGCAAGAGGCUUCAGGGUGUCGCCAGCUGUUGACACUUCCAAAACCUGGGCCAACAGGAACGGCAGUCAGUCGUCCUUCGCUUCAGUUGAGUUCAAAAUCCCGGACAGAAAGGUGCACCCUGAGGUGGACUCCUCUGCAGUGACGCAGCCAAGAAGGACAUCUAAUGGUGAACAGGGUGCACUGCAAGCUCAAGACUCUUUGGACUCGCUGCAUUUGAGAUGUGGGCAGUACUGUCCCAUACUAUAAAAGAAGGCCACUAUAAUAUACAAAACAAAAAAACACAUUAUACAUUUAGUUUUAUGGGAACUUUUGUCUUGUGUUGCUGCUAGAAAACCUUUAUCUUCCAUUAAAUCAUGACCAACAGUAACCUCGUAGAUAUGUUUGGUGACUCACGACAGUCGUGCCUCUUCUUAUUUAUCUUGAUAUCUAGUAAAAUUAUUUUUAUACUUGCAGUAACUUUAGUGUUGUCUUCCAGGUGGUUGCUAAUGAAUGUAUCCUGAAAAUUAAAAAAUGACCUAUUUUUUACCAAUUUGAUGCCUCAGACUGUUGUUGAAUAAUGUGUAACUAACUGCCAGCAUAGAUAUCGAAUGCUUU